UCUAAGGCCACCAAAUAAGAAAGAAACACAUGUCGUUUUUACUUUCUCUUUUACUUCGAAGAAUCUGCCUUUUCGCUGCAAGACAAGGUUGUCUUUCCCACUGGGAGAAACUGAGUUCAAUCUCUGCUCAGAAAUAUUUCUUAUUGGUGGUAUAAAUAUGGAAGAGGGGGGCCAAAUGAGGGGAAAAUAUGUGGCUGACAUUUCCUCCAUAAGAGAAGCUCAAGCGCGCAUCAAUUCAUUCAUACACAAAACUCCGGUCCUUUCAUCUGAAUCUCUGAAUGCUGUUUCAGGGAGGCGAUUGUUCUUUAAAUGUGAAUGUUUCCAAAAGGGUGGAGCUUUCAAAUUCAGAGGUGCCUGCAAUGCUGUUUUUUCUCUUGACAAUGAUCAAGCUGCUAAAGGGGUUGCAACUCACAGCAGUGGUAACCAUGCUGCAGCAUUGUCUUUGGCUGCGAAACUACGGGGAAUCCCUGCUUAUAUUGUUAUUCCAAAAGGUGCUCCAAAAUGCAAAGUUGAGAAUGUCAUGCGUUAUGGUGGUCAGGUUAUCUGGAGUGAGGCCACAAUGCAGUCAAGGGAGAGUGUUGCAAGCAAGGUGUUGCAAGAAACUGGUGCAGUUCUUGUACAUCCAUAUAAUGAUGGGCGCAUUAUAAGUGGGCAGGGUACAUUAUCAUUGGAACUUCUGGAACAAGCCCCUGAUAUAGACACGUUAAUAGUUCCAAUAAGUGGAGGUGGUUUGGUAUCAGGGGUGGCAUUGGCUGCUAAGUCCAUCAACCCCGCCAUUCGAGUUUUGGCUGCUGAACCUAGGGGAGCUAAUGAUGCAGCUCAAUCCAAAGUGGCCGGUAGAAUUAUAACAUUGCCUGAGACCGACACCAUAGCUGAUGGGCUUCGAGCUUUUCUAGGAGAUUGUACCUGGCCCAUAGUGCGAGAUCUUGUUGAUGACAUCAUAACCGUCGACGACGAGGAGAUAAUCGAAGCCAUGAAACUCUGCUAUGAGAUUUUGAAGGUUGUAGUAGAACCUAGCGGAGCAAUAGGCCUUGCUGCUGUUUUAUCUGAUAGUUUCAAGAAAAACCCUGCUUUGAAGAACUGCAGCAACAUAGGAAUUAUACUUUCAGGAGGUAAUGUUGAUCUUGGGGGCCUAUGGGAUUCAUUUAGAAAAUGAAAGCUAAAAACCAGUUCUUGUUCCACUGUGAACUGAUGAUGUCUUCUCUUUUGAUGAUGUAAUGAAAAAAUUUGCAAAUUGCUUGUUAUUUAUUAUGUACACUGUUGACAAUGAAUUAACCUCUGCAUUUGCUUUUCCUUUUCA